AUGUUUACAAGACUUGGCGUGUUGUCUUUUGUAUCCAGCCUGAAAACCCCUAUAUUCGUUGUUCAUUUGAGUCGUCAACUACCCUUAAAAAACGCGUCAACGAGAAUACCGUUAUCUUCUAGGAAAUUUCACGCAACAAAUCACAACUUUGCAUCCAAAGAUGAAAAAGAUAAAGCACUCGGAGAUGAACAAUUGCAACGCCUUGUUAGUCCUUAUCAAGGACAUUCGAUAAUUUUUGAUAUUGAUGAACGUGAACGACGUGCUGAAAAAACCGGUAAAUCAGAAAGAACUGGCAAGACUGAUAAAUUGCCAUCACCAUCGUCGUCGUCUAAGGGUAAAGGGGAGAAGCAGAAAGAAUCAUUAUUGAGAGGAGAAAAACCAAAGAAGCCUCCUCCUGAAAGAAUUGUUGGAUUUAUUGGAGAUCCGAUUCCAACAGAGGCAAAAUUCAAGCAUAAAGAGGCAUGUAUCAAGGAUUGGAUUCGACUAGAUCUUGAACUUAAUUUUGCAAUAGCAGGGAAAAAUCUUGAUGAAGCAAUCAAACAAAUGCAGUUCUCGCCAAAAAAAGCCUCCAAGAAGAUUAUGAAUUCAUUGAUCACCGCCAGAGAUCAUGCAUGGCGAUACAAGAUGAUGGAGCCUAGGAGACUUUAUAUCGAACAAGCAUGGGUGGGUAAAGGUUUCUACCGUAAAAAAAUAAAUUACCAUUCACGUGGCAGAUUCAGUUUAUUGAAGAUGAAAAAAGCACACAUGAAAUACGUAAUAAAAGAGGGGAGAGAAGACGGAAGUGCGAAACCGAAAAAAGACGUCCGUGCACGGAAUCUCAAAUUGGGAAGGUACUUUAAACCCGAGAAAGAGGAUAGACCGAUCUACAAUCCUCCUACGUAUUAUAAUUGGUGA